CUUCCGCGUCCCUCGCCGUCGCGGCCAUGGCUGAGGAGCUGCUGGCUCUGCGCGAGCAGAUGGUGGCCGAGGCCACCUGCCCGCUGUGCCUGGAUCUGUUCGAGCAGCCCAAGCUCACGGAAUGCGGGCACAGCUUCUGCGGGCAGUGCCUGGCGGGCGUGCUGGGGGACCCCCCGCGCCGCGCCCCCUGCCCGCAGUGCCGCGCCCCGGUGGAGCCGGGCUCGCUGCGACCGAACCGCUCGCUGGGCAACAUGGCCGGGCUGGCCCGGGCCCUGGAGGAAGUGGCGGCGCGGCCGCGGUGCCCCCAGCACGGCAAGCCCCUGGCGCUGUUCUGCGAGCCCUGCGCCGCCCUGCUCUGCGCGCCCUGCCGGGACGGGCCCGAGCACCGCCCGCACCGUGUCCGCCCCGCCGAAGAGGCCGCCCGGGAGCUGCGGGAGAAACUCCAGAGAAACCUGCUUUCUCUACAAGAACAGAAGAAAAAAUGGAAGCACAACAGUGACCAGAAGAGUGAAGACCUGCUGGUGUGUGUUCCUCUCCAUGCCCCCCACUGCUCACCCAUGUGGCUCCCCAGGAAUCGUGUCUGUCCCAUCCUUCCCUGUCCUCAUAUAUAUUUAUCUCCUAGUCCAUGGCAGCGUUCUUGUCUCUGUCCAUCUCUUGUGGCCUCCUUGGGCCCAUCAGCAUCCAGGCUUGCCAGCCCUCUCUCCGUUCUUGCUGCUGCUCCUGUUCCAAAGCUCUGGUCCCGUUCUAAGGCGCUGAUGUGGGAGUUGGAGCGUGUGCCCAAGACCUUUGAGGAGCUGCAGCAGAGCCUGGAGGAGCAGAAGAAGACGCUGGUGGCCCAGCUGGGGCAGAUGUCCCAGGAGCUGGUCAGUAGGAGUGAUGAGUACACGUCCAGGGUUUUGGAGAGGCAGUCGCUGCUGGACACGGUGAUGGCGCAGAUCGAGGAGAAGCGGGACCAGCCGGCGGUCGCGUUCCUCAUGGAUGUUGGCACAAUCCUGAGCAGCUGUGAGGCAGCCAAGGCCCCGAUCCCAGAGCCAGUUUCCCCAGAGCUGCAGAGGAGCUUUAGGAGCCUUUCUGAGAAGUGCCAGCAGGUCGUGGACAUGGUGGAUAAAUUCAGAGUGAGCCUGCAGAGCGACAUAGACUGGGGCAUAAGGGAGCAGGUGACGCUGGACCCAGAGACGGCGAGUGAUAACCUGAUCCUCUCAGAUGACCGCAAAAGGGUGUGGUUUGGAUAUGGAAAUGAAAUCCUCCCCGACAACCCCAAGAGGUUCUUGAGCAGCUACAGUGUCUUGGGCUCCCAGGGGUUCACGUCUGGGAGGCAUUUCUGGGAGGUGGAGGUCUGGAAACAGGGGUACUGGGUUGUGGGAGUGGCCCUGGAGUCCGUGCCGAGGAAGGAGCCGCUCCACCUGCUCAGAUCUGGGAAGGUCUGGGGGCUGCAACUGGACCAGGAUGGCAUCUGCAGUGCAGUCGGCAUAACCUCUGAGGUGCUGGCACUCAAGGAAAAACACCACAGAAUCAGGGUCUGCUUGGAUUACGAAGCAGGCCGAGUCACCUUCUACAACGUGAAGGACAUGAUGCAAAUCUUGCAGUUGGAGGCCACCUUCACUGAGAAAGUCUUCCCGUACUUUCAGCUCUAUUACCGAGAUACCCAGAUCAGGGUGUGUGACUGACAGAGUGGGACGGCUGCCGGGCCCCUGCCCGUGCCCCUGGCUGGCUGAGCAGGGAGGAGCUGUGGCAAUGACACGGCACCACACUGCAGCCUCACUGCAGCUCUGCCUGGCUGGAUCCUCUCUGCAAUUUCCUGCCUCUCCUCCCGCUGAGUCCUUUGGAGCAUUACAGAAGUGCUGUCCUGCCUGGCGGUGUCUGCGUGCUGCUGUCCUGGCUAGAUGCCGUGGUGAUGGUAUCCUGCCUCUGCCUGUGGGCACUGAGGCCACAGAAUAAUCGGGAGGGAGGAGGGAAGAGGCUCCGAUUGUCCGUGCCGGCCUUUGGCAGCACUGCAGGGCUGGGCUGGGCUGGGCUGGAGGGUGCAGCCACCCUGCACUCAGGAAGCCAGGCUGGAGCCACGAGCUGAUAACGAUGCCUUGAAUUUUUGCACUCAUAUUUUUUGGAUUCUCUGCUGCUUUGGUGUGUAGCUCUGUAUUGGAAUGCAAGCCUCUCCAGUUUCCUCAGAGAGAGAAAUGAAAGCAGGGGUUGAGUUAAAGCCUUUAGAGAAAUUAAAGUAUAUGAAGCCACAUAGAUACUAUGCAGAAGUGUAAAAUAAGAAAAUAGAAAUAUAUGUCUUCUUUAAGUGCCUUGGGAAACUCUGGGAGCUAGCAAAGGCCCCAAGGCCUAGUGUAAAGUUCAGUAACUUAGCUCUAGACAUAACUAAAAACAUAGUGGAAUAUUGCUUGGGUUUCUUGACAGACAAAACAGAUAGAAUUAUUCACAUAUGCAUAAAUAGACAAAGAUAUAUUGAACAGACCAAACAGAAUUUUUCACUUAAAAGAUAAAGCUAUAUGGGUAAAUAGAUAAAGAUAUAUGUGUAAAAAUUCAGGUAAGAACUGUUACUACUUUCCUAUUACUUUUGUACAUUAGAAUCAAGUUUAGAGUGAUGCAGAAAGAAUGUUUGAGAAUCGUGUUUUUAGCUGAUAGGUUGUUUUAUGUAUAAAAAGCCCUGUAUUGGGGUACGGGCCACCACCUGUGGGAAAGACAUUUCUGUGCUGUUCUUGUGAGCCAGCCAAGGCUUCCUGAAGAUAAGGAAGGCCUCAUAUCUCUCUCAAGGAAUUUACAAAAGCUAUCACCACAACAACGUGAGGAAACAGAGAGAAAAAAAGUGUAAGCAAAGAGAUCUAGACUUUGGCUGGCUUACACAGUGGCCUGGCUGCUUUCACCCAGUGAAAGUUUUGUUUUUUCUUUAUGACCAAUGGGCAGUGUAUGUGUUCCUUAAGUAAAUGUAAACAUCUUGUCAAACUAUAAAAGCACCCUGCUGCUUUAAUAAAUAAGUCUGAACAGC